CUGGGUCCUGGUCUUGACUUUUCUCAUUGAGGCUACCAGGCAGCAGUAGUCCGUGCCCAAGCCUGCAGGACGGCUUCAGAAGGAGCAUGUCCAGUGCUGGGAACGGAUGUGACCAUGAACCCUGGUGCCUCCUUGUCUACUUUCACGGCAGUGCCCUUCCCUCCACCCAUUCCUGGCGCCCAGCACCGGCCACCCUGGCAGCAGCACCUGCCACGUCCCAUCACCCCAGCAUUCCCUCCUGGCAGCAGCCUGCUGCUGCCAGCUUUCCCCAGGACGCCUAUGGUGGCUAAUGGUGGCCUUGGCCCCAGUGCCCCUGGGGCUUGCAACCUCACUGUCCAAGUCAGGUCACAAGGGAGGACAGUGGAGGCCCCCCAGACUCAGACCUCUGUCGUUACUCAGGCCCCCCUCAACUGGAGCGCUCCAGGGGCCCUCAGCAGGAGUGCUGCAUGUCCUGCACCCGAAUUCAUAGCAACCCCUGUGAUGGGGACCGUUGUGACUGCUUCAGCUGUUGGAGUUAGGCAGGCUGGCAAGGGAGGCUGGACCCCAGGCUUUCCUCCUCAAGCUCCACCACCAGCUGCCCAGCUGGCCCCUAUCAUUCGCCCAGUGAACUCUGGGCCAUGGCCACAUGACACUUCCAGGGAGGGCCGCCUGGCCACCAACCAGUCCAACGCCUCGCAGGAUGGCUCCUCUAACCCCCAGAGAGAGUACAGUAACUUCCGACGUUGGCAGCACAUCAAGCCCCUGGCCCGGAGACACUUUCACCUGAGUCCUGAUGCAGAAGCUUUUUCCUGCUUUCUCAUCCCAGUGCUUCGAUCCCUGGCCCGCCUGAAUCCCAACAUGCCGCUGGAGGAGGGACUGUGGAGGGCCGUGCAGGAAUGGCGGCGCUUGAGCAACCUUGACCGGAUGAUCUACUACGAGAGGGCGGAAAAGUUCAUGGAAUUUGCGGCCGAGGAGGAGAUGCACAUUCAGCAUUUGCAGUGGAUGCAGUGCGCGCAGGAUCUGCCUCCUCCAGCCCCACCGAAGCUGGAUCCUCGGGGGCCCCCAACCCCGAAAGUGGGCCCACACAGAUCCCAGGGGAACCCGGAGCCCAAGGCGCCGAAGGAGAUUCCCCCUGAGGCUGUGAGGGAGGAUGUGGAGAGGAUGGAGGCGCUGGUGGGACCCGUCCACUCAGCCAGCGGCAAGUCACAUGCAGAAUGUGGAAAGGACGGAAAUGAGCUGAAGCAGGAAGAGGACGACACCUACUUGGACCCGUGUCUCUUGAGCUACACUGACGAGCUGCGUUCCCGGGAACACUCUGUCACCAAGGUGGAGGCAGUCAUUCACCCUCGAUUCCUGGCAGAAUUGUUUUCCCCAGACCCACAGCUGGAUGUCUUGGCCCUUGCUGAGGAGCUGAAGCAGGAGGAAGGACUCACCCCUGAAGAAGUGAGC